AUGUAAAAGUAUGCAUUAAGGUGUAUGUAAAUAAUGAAUGUGGCAAAAACGAAUGUAGACAUUAAUACAUGCAUCUCUAUAGCGUCCUAAAUGUUUUACAACGUUGGGGAGUGCCAAGAUGGAGGCACGGUGGCUUCAACACAGCGCCCCCUAAAAGUACUAGUGUAUACAUAAAUUAUUGGUGCAAACUCAGCCCAACCCAGCGAUGCAGUCACAUGAGAACGCGCCAUGGCUUCAGUUACCUCAACCAGUCGCUCAACUCGCUCCUCCCGACGAAGCGGCGCCGGCCCGUCCAGCACCAGCCCAACCCGGCUCUCCGAAGCCAGGAGAAAGAGGAGCUUAGACCUGAACGACCGCCUGGCCGCCUACAUAGAGCGGGUCCGCCAGCUGGAGAAUGACAAGUCCUCAAUGCUGCUUCUCCUGGAGGAGAAAGAGGAGUCCACGACCCGGGAGACGGCCAACGUUCGGCGGCUGUACGAGACCGAGUUGGCCGACGCGAGGAAGAGCUUGACGUGCUGGCUAACGAUAGGGCCCGGCUGCAGAUAGAGAUGGGUCAUCUUUCUGAAGAGCAUAGCAAACUACAAGCCA